AUGGCGGAUGUUGAAGCUUCAGUGGAGAAGGCUUCUGUCAAUGACGUUGCAGCUCAAGACGUUGAGAAUGGGUCUGGGGGCUCGGUGACUCCUAAGGAGGAGCCAUCAUCGCCUCGCGAUAUUCAUGGUGUAAAGUGGUUUAUUGCAGUUUGUGCUAUUUUGUCAUCGACCUUUUUGUUCAGUUUGGAUAACACUGUGGUCGCCGACGUUCAACCCAAUAUUGUCAAUGACUUUGGCAGUGCCGAAAAAUUGCCCUGGGUCGGCGCCGCGUUUGGGCUCGGCGCCACAUCUAUUCUUCCUUGGGGGAAGGCAUAUGGUGUCUUCAACAUCAAAUGGCUCUAUUUGGGAACCGUCAUCAUCUUCGAGAUUGGUAGUGCCAUCUGCGGUGCUGCGAAUAAUAUGACUGCAUUGAUCUUGGGUCGUGUCAUUGCUGGUGUCGGUGGGUCGGGCAUGUAUAGUGGCUGUCUCACAUAUCUCGCCAUCACAACCACCCCAAAUGAGCAGCCAAUGCUCAUGAGUCUGGUUGGGAUGGUUUGGGCAGUGGGAACCGUCCUUGGUCCCGUAGUGGGAGGUGCCUUUGCUGAUAGCUCUGCCACCUGGCGAUGGAAUAACAAGGCAUUCUACAUCAACCUGGUUAUUGGCGCCAUAUUUGCCCCAGCCUACCUAUUCUUCCUCCCUAACAUCGACAUGCAACGCAAUACUCUGCUCGCGCAGAAGCUCAAACAAAUAGAUUGGCUUGGCCUCUUCUUCUUCUACGCAGGAAUGGUCUGCUUGAUUGUUGCAAUCAACUUCGGUGGCAGCGUCUACUCCUGGAGCUCGGGCGCAGAGGUUGCCUUUUGGGUCGUCGGAGGUGUCUCCUGGAUCAUCUUCGGUCUAACCCAGCACUUCACUCCCUUCGUUCAGACGGCCCAUCGACUAUAUCCCACGCAAUUGAUGCGUCGACCGCUCCUCCUCAACUUACAAUUUCAGCUCUCCCUUUCUUCUGGUGUACUGCUGGGAGCCGCCUACUACAUCCCCCUCUAUUUCCAAUUUGCCCAAGGUGACAGUGCUCUCCAAGCCGCCGUCCGUCUCCUCCCCUACAUCAUGAUGGUCGCUGUUUUCGCCCUCAUCAACGGCGCCCUAAUGACAAAACUCGGUUACUACAUGCCCUGGUACACAUUUGGUGCAGCUUUGAUACCCAUCGGUUCUGCACUCAUGUACACUGUUGAUCUAUCGACUAAGAUUGGGAAUGUUUACGGCUAUACCGUCCUCAUGGGUAUUGGUGUUGGAUCCUACGUCCACGCCACUUAUCCUGUUGCCCAGAACCUCGUCAGUCCCGCGGAAAUCCCCGACGUGAUUUCGUUUAUGAGCGUAGCUCAGUCGACGGGUAUUACUGUUUUCUUGGCUAUGAUGGGGACGGUGUAUAACAAUAUGGCGAUUUUGAAGGUGCAGGCUGUCUUGCCCGAUGCGACCAAAGCGGAUGUUUUGGAGACUUUGACGGGGACGACUAGUGCUAUUUUUGAUAGCUUGGAUGAGGCUGUUAGGAGUGAUGUUAUUGGGGCCAUUAUUCAGGCCAUGAAGCAGGUUUGGUUGAUUUUGACGGUGGCUGCUAUCACGGAAGUCAGCAGCGAGGUGGUGCGAAUACUUGGCGGAAAUCCAGGUGAUAUGCAACUACAAGGAACCAAUACGUAUCUAGUCGGAAGCGGUCAGACACGGAUUUUGAUAGACACAGGACAGGGGUGUUCAAUCUGGCUCACAACUCUGGUCAAAUAUCUUGACCAACACCAAUUGAGCAUCUCCCAGGUACUGCUGACCCACUGGCAUCCCGAUCAUACCGGUGGUCUCCCGGCGCUAUUGGCUCAGUAUCCACAUCUGGCCGCGGCGGUCCACAAGGCUGACCCGGACCGGGGCCAACAUUCAAUUCGCGAUGGACAGACUUUCACUGCUCAAGGAACCACGCUGCGAGCCUUGUUCACGCCCGGACAUAGUCAAGAUCACAUGUGCUUUGUCUUGGAGGAAAGUGGCGCGAUGUUCACAGGUGAUAAUGUGCUUGGACAUGGAAGCAGCGUUGUUGUGGAAGAACUUGGCCGAUACAUGGAGAGCUUGCAAGCUAUGACCCGAAGUGUGCGCAAUGAAGAUAUAACAGUUGGAUACCCCGGACACGGUGCCGUGAUUGAAGACUUGCCAGCCAAACUCAGAGUCUGGAGCAGACACUGGGAAUUGCGAGAAAAGAAAGUUUUGUCGGCGUUUAUGAAGGGCAACGCAAAGACAAAGGCAUCCUUGGCGACACGGGAGAUCAUUGCAUGUAUCUACGGGCCCGAGAUGGAGACAAUGGCAGGACCAUUCAUAGCUCAGGUUCUAUCGAAACUAAACGACGAGGGGAAGGUUGGACUUGCUAUCGCAGGGCAAGAGCAGAAGUGGUUUAUGUUGUAA